GAAAGGCGGUUGGAUGACCACCUUUCAAGUCACAUUUCACCUUUUCUCUGUUUCUCUUCAAUGUGGAGAAAAAUUAAAGAAAGAUGAACCGUGCAAGAAGAGUUCUUUUAGCUAAAAAGAACAGACUUAAGAUCCAAAAAUAUACAUUCAGCCACAGAAAACAGACCUAUGGAAAAGUAACAGUGCAAUCUGAAUCUAUCAUUAGAGGUGACCUGGCUGAUAUCAGAACGGGUCGCUACUGUAUUAUUAGCAAGAAUGCUGUCAUCCGAUCGCUUUUCAAGAAAUUCAAUUAUUUUAGGGGGGUUGCCUUUUUUCCUCUAACAAUAGGAAAUCACGUGUUCGUGAAAGAAUCAGUUAUAAUCGUGAACGCAGCGAUGGACAGUUCUUGUUUCCAUACGGAAGAAUGACAUAAUACGUAUAAUAAAUUUUAUCUGCCAAAUCAAAUGAAUAUAGUGUAAUUCCUUCAUAUUCAAUCGUAUUUGUCUCGCUACAGGCAGUCCGGUCUGAAGGACUGUUGCCACAUUGAGGACAGCGCGGUCAUAACUAAAAACAAUUGUGCCAUCUUUUGCUCGUUUCACUGACAGUUCGACGACGUACAUCGAAGAGUUGCCAGAGUAGCUGCACUCUAGAUCAUGGUAGACUUCACGAAGAAUUAUGAACACUUUUUACCAGCACAUGUUUAAUGCUCUUGCUGUCAAAUUAUUUUCUUGAAGAUCUGUGCUAUACAGA